AUGUCUUUUUCUUCUAACUCUGAGUCUUGGCAUUCUUUCAGUAACUCUACUCCGAUCUCAGGAAUUCAAUCUAAAACUACUUCACCAAAAGGAAAAAGUAUAAAACCUACUACAUUAUCUUCAUUAACUAAAGAAAAAUUUAUAUGCAAAGAUAUAUAUGAACAUUGGGGAUUAAUUUGGUAUACGUAUCAUAGAACAUUGAAAAUAAAAAUGAAGGAAGCCUUCACUAAUGUCUCUUGGAAAUAUAAUAGAACAACAACUAUUUCAUCUCAAUAUGUGUCUCGUAUUGUAUUAACAACUCAACCUGACCAUUCAACAAAGAAAAUUGAUAUUGGGUGGGAAAGUAAAACUCCUAAUAGGCAUAGUGCAAUGGAAUUAAUUAAAUUUGGAAUGAAUCAAUAUUUCCGUUUGUUAUCAUUAAACAACUCAAUUAGAAAAUCUAAGUCAAUGGCUAAAACAACCUAUAUUCCAACUCGAUUUUUAUUUUGUUAUGGAACAUGUCAGUUUAAUGGUACAGAAGUAGAAGAUGUAGUUUUUUCAAUACAUUUUCCAUUCUUUAUUGAAAAAGUUGGAGGGUCAAGAGCUUCAUUAAUUUUAACUUACUCUAUAGAAAAAACAUUAGUGUCUUUAACAUUCCCUAAACCAGAACUUCUUCCAAUUGAAAAUUAUUUACCACAACAAACGAUUUCAAAACAAUUUAAAGAUGAUAUUUCUUUUAUUUCUUCAGCUAUUUCUGCUCAUCAACAAACUUAUACAACAAUAUGUAUAACUUCAAAUAGUAAAUGUGCAAGUGCAUUUAUGAAUCUUUUCGAACCAUUUAAUACACCAAUUCAUAUGGGACAUUAUUAUCCAAUGUUUUUUUAUCCAGUUGUAUUAGAAAAACCAAUUCCAUUAUUUUCUAUUGCUUUUACACCAGAAAUACCUGUUGAAAGUUAUAUCAAUUUUCCAUUUCCUUUUUGCAUAAUAGAUCCUUCUCGUCGCUCAGUUCAAAUAUGUUCUGCUUUAUCUUUACCAACACAUUUUCAUAACCGUGCACAUGAAUUAAUUCAGUGGAUGAUUCAAACUCAAAAAUUAGAUAAAUUAUCAGUAAUUAAAAUAAGAAAAGUUCAAACAAGUAAUUAUCAGUCAAUAGUAAAGAAUGCUAGAUUAUCAAAUUAUGUUAUGAGCCAUAUUUCAUCUUUCUUUUCUUUGUCUUUAAAACAAAGAAAAAUGUUAUUACUUAGAUUUUCUGAAGAACUUGGAAUGAGAGGAAAUAUAUUCUUUAAUUCAAUAAAGUAUGGUGAUGUUCAUCUUGAUCGUAAUUGUCAAUGGAUUCGUUUAUUUGAAGAAAUAUAUAAUUGUGAUUUAGAAGGUCUAACAUUAAUAUUAGCUUCUAUGAAAUUAUAUCAACCUAUUCUCAUUCCAAGAAUAUUAUGGCUUCUUCAACAAUAUGAAGAAGCAUUAAAAAUAAAUUUUAUUUAA